UUUCGCAUUAAUAGGAAAUUGCAAUUAGUGGAGGGUGGUGUUGAUUGUUGAUCCGUGGAAUUUUCGAAAAAAAAAGAAAAAUGUCUACCAGUUACGACGGAUACAAGUCUCCUUUGAGUACACGAUACGCCAGUAAGGAGAUGCAGUUCCUGUUCAGUGACCAGAACAAGUUCUCAACCUGGCGGCAACUGUGGGUUUGGCUAGCCAAGGCGGAACAUUCACUUGGCUUAGCCAUAACCGAAGAACAGAUAGCUCAGAUGGAGCAGCACAUAAAGGAUAUAGAUUUCGAAGCGGCAGCUGCCGAGGAGGGUCUCACCAGGCACGAUGUUAUGGCGCACGUGCACGUCUUUGCCAAGCAAUGCCCGGUGGCCGCACCGGUCAUUCACCUGGGUGCCACUUCGUGUUAUGUGGGUGACAAUACGGAUCUCAUUGUGUUGCGCGAUGCAUUGCAACUGCUAUUGCCGCGCGUGGCAACCGUUGUAGGAGGCCUGCAACAAUUCGCCGAGACCUACAAGGACCUGCCGACUCUAGGCUUUACUCAUCUGCAACCGGCACAGCUGACGACAGUUGGCAAACGUGCCUGCCUCUGGAUCCAGGAUCUACUAAUGGAUGAGCGUGCUCUGCGACGCUGUCUUGAGGAUCUGCGCUUCCGCGGCGUGAAGGGCACCACAGGUACGCAGGCUUCGUUCAUGGAGCUCUUCAACGGUGAUAGCCAGAAGGUGAAACAACUGGACAAGCUGGUAACACAACUGGCGGGUUUCAGCAAGCCCUACGCCGUCACCGGUCAAACAUAUUCGCGCAAAGUGGAUGUAGAGGUGAUGGGUGCCCUGGCCAGCCUAGGCACUACUAUUCAUAAAAUGUGCUCUGACCUGCGCAUUCUUGCCUCACGGAAGGAGCUGGAGGAGCCAUUCGAGACCACACAGAUUGGCUCAUCGGCAAUGCCUUAUAAACGCAACCCUAUGCGCUCGGAACGCUGCUGCGCACUGGCUCGACACUUAAUCACAUUGUUUAGCAAUGCGGCAAAUACACACGCGACGCAGUGGUUGGAGCGUACUCUGGAUGACUCGGCCAAUAGAAGGCUGACGUUGUCGGAGGGCUUCUUGGCUGCUGAUGCAGCUCUGCUCACGCUGCUGAAUAUCUCCCAAGGACUGGUUGUCUAUCCCAAGGUCAUUGAGCGCCACAUCGCUCAAGAGCUACCAUUUAUGUCCACGGAGAACAUUAUUAUGGCAAUGGUAAAGGCUGGCGGAGAUCGGCAAGUGUGCCACGAGAAGAUUCGAGUUCUCUCCCAAGAAGCCGGUGCUCAGGUUAAGCAGCUUGGCAAAGAUAACGAUCUGAUAAACCGCGUGCGCAACGACUCCUAUUUUGCACCCAUUCUGGAUCAGCUCGACCACAUACUGGAUGCUCGCACCUUCACGGGUCGUGCCAGCGAACAAGUGGGCGAGUUCAUAGCCGAGGAGGUGCAGCCCGUGCUGGCCCGCUAUACCGACGCCCUAAAGAACGUCCAGGCUGUCCAACUAAAUAUCUAAUUUUAAUAUCAGCCAUUGAUGCACUUAUUAAACCGUUAUGCUCCAAGCAAUUAAAUACAUUCACAUUUUAUAUUA